AUGCUAAACGCCACCACCUUGCCGGGCAAUCCCCGGCUCACCUUCCAGACCACCUCUUGCCGCCAAGACUCUGUCUUCCGACUUCGCCGUCAAUCAGUCAACAUCAACGCUGCCGCAGGCGUCGCCACCGCCCCUUCCAUCGACACCCAAACUCACAUCACCAACCUCAACCGCGUGCUCUUAAAAACCUCUCCAACCACUCAUUCCCCCUCCCCGUCACUCUUCAACAACCACGAACAAAACAACGCCACACCGGCCACCUCCACCGCCACCAACCGAUUUAACGUGCUCAACAUAUCAAACCUUUUUCCUUCGCUUCGCGUCGAGGAUACCAUCGAUAAAUACUCCCCGCGCAGCCUUACCCACCUUCACCGCCUCCUCUCUGACUCUCCACGUUCCUCCCCCAAAUCCUCCAUCGCUUCUCAUUGGCGCCUCCUACACGGCGCACAGAACUGGUCCGGUCUCCUCGACCCCCUCAACGAAAACCUCCGCCGCGAGCUCGUCCGCUACGGCGAACUUAUCCAAGCUGCCUAUACCGCCUUCUACUCCAACCCUGACUCUCCCCGCCACGUCGUCCUCAACGACCGCAACUACCGCGUCACCCGUAGCCUUUUCGCCACCUCCUCUGUGGAUCUCCCGCGUUGGCUAAACGCCGCCGCCGCCGCCGCGUUGCCUUCAUGGAUGAUGAGUUCCACUAGCAUGAUUGGCUUCGUGGCUGUCUGCGAUAACGCCCGAGAGAUAUCACGAAUGGGCCGUCGCGACAUCGUUGUUUCACUUCGUGGCACCGCAACGGCCCUUGAGUGGGCCGAGAACUUCCGACCCGCUCUCCAGCCCAUUUCAGAAUCCGACACCGCCAAGGUCUCUUCCGGAUUCUAUAGCCUAUACAAAACCGGCGGCGCUAAAACCACGAGCCUCUCUUCUACCGUAGUUGAGGAGGUGCGGCGUCUCGUAGAGAAGUACAAAGGAGAGGAGCUCAGCAUUACCAUAACCGGGCACAGCCUCGGGGCAGCGCUCGCGCAACUUGUCGCCGACGAUCUCGCGACGGAGAUCGAGGCCGCGCCGCCGAUCGCAGUGGUCUCGUUUGGCGGGCCGCGUGUCGGCAAUCGGGCCUUCGCCGAAAGGUUGGAAGGGAAGGGGGUCAAGGUACUGCGGGUAGUGAACGCGCAAGACGUCGUGCCGAGGGUUCCCGGCGUGUUGCCACGUGUGCGGGAGGAAGGAUACUCGCACGUUGGAGUUGAGUUGAGGGUAGAUAACCGGGUUUCGCCGUAUCUUCGGCCCGAUGCAGACCCGGCUUGCUGUCACGAUUUGGAAGCGUAUUUGCAUUUGGUGGAUGGGUUUAUGGGUACGAAGUGUCCUUUUCGGGCCAACGCAAAAAGGAGCCUGGCCCGGCUGCUGAGCCAGCAGCGGCCUAAUAUGAAGAAGAUUUAUGUGAGUCGGGCCACGGCGGUCGAGUUGGAAGCAGGUCAUACCGGGCGGGUUGGUGGGAUCCACCAGGGCUGCCUUGCUAGUCCGUCGGGAUGA